ACCGAGUUAAUCAGUCAAUUAUUCAGUCAGUUAUGCAGUCAAGUCGGACACACUGCACUUGCUCCUCCAGCUCCUCGACGGAGGGGACACGAGACAGGCAGGGUAUAAGAUUGGAAAAGCAAUACCGGCCAGACCAGACAAGACCAGGGGAAAUGGCUGUUGCUAUUUUGUUCCCGUUCUUUCUUUCCUUCUUUCUUCUUGUCUGUCCUUCUCCCUGGCUGGUGUUGCUCCGCCUUUCUUGUUGGUUUUUUUUUUCCCCUUCCUUGAUUACUGUAUCUUAUUGGUUGGUAGCUAGCUUGCUGUAGGUGGGUAUGGACGGGAUGGGUGAUGUUUACAGGCCCGCCCACCUUAAGAGAAAUGGGACGGAUGCUCGAGCCUCGUGGUCCCCUCUUUCUGGGAAAUGAUGGGAGGAGAACGAGGGGAACGAGGGGAGGGAUGAAGCUUGUUAGACGGCAACAGGAGUUUCGAUGAACAUGUCCAGUGCUGCGCGGCUCCUCUUUUCCCAGACGUUGCGGCCGUCGGCCACUUUGCAGAAUGAAUGGUCUCGUGUGUUUGACGUCGCGGGGUGCCAAAUGUGAGGAAAUAUGCAAGUCAUGUGAUGAUGAACAAACCGAACGAACCUACCUAUCUAUACGGAAGUAUGCCAUGUCAAAGAUGCUGGCUGCUUGCCCGGUAUCACUGUCAGUGCGGCGAC